AUGCAAAACAUCGAUGCGCGGCGGCCAAGCCGCAACGACACAUUCGAUCUACGAGGACAAAUUCAUGCCGACGACCAGAUGGAAUUAGAUGCUCAUGCAGAUGCUGCGAACUUCGUUGGCACAGACGACGAAGAACAUUCUGUACUGGAGGAUGACUCUGAAGGUGAAGAAAGAGAGGACUAUAUCGACGAAGUUGACGACGGGUCGUCUUCCUUGUCAAUACCAAACGAGUCUAUAGACUUUGACUUGGUAUACUCCCUUCACAGUUUCGCGGCUACCGUUGAAGGUCAGGCGAAUGUUGUUAAGGGCGACAGCUUGUUCUUGAUGGACGAUAGCAACAGCUACUGGUGGCUCGUUCGUGUUCUCAAAACGCAAGAAGUCGGUUAUAUUCCUGCCGAAAACAUCGAGACGCCGUUCGAACGUCUGGCAAGGCUUAACAAGCAUCGUAAUGUCGAUCUUGCAUCUGCUACACAAGCCGAGCUUCAAGAUGGUCUUGCAUUGUCGCAGGUUCGCCUUCGUAACAAUCUCAACUCUCGCCAAGGUCAUAAUCAGUCUCCAUCUCCUAACAUGCACAUGCAGUCCCAACCGACUAAGAGCGUUAAACUCAUUGCUUCUUUACGCGUCCAUAAAUAUCUUCCUGCUGUUUGGCAUUCAGAAGAUGAAGACGAAGACGUGGACGUGGAAUGGGACGAUGAAUCAUACGAAGGCGAAGAUGCGGCACUUGCCGCUGAAGAGGAGCAGGAGGAGCUCAGACUUGCCGAAGAGAGGAAAAAACUUGGCACAAUUGGAAUACCUAUGACUAUGGAGCCUGACGAUGGGAUGCGCUGGGAUGAUUCGGCUGUUGAAGGAAUGCGCGCGAGACAAAUGGCUCCGAGAUCUGUAGCUGAACCCCCCUCAAACAUACGGCCUAUUCCUUCAGAUGCUCUACAACAUCAGCAGCAAUUGCCCCAGCAACAGCAAGUCCAACAACAACGACAACAGGCGCUAGCCCAGCAGCAGCCCCAAGUUCUUGUGGCGUCGCCUGAACCACAAAUUUUACGUACAUCUGGUUCCCGCGAGAGACUUGCUCAGCCUCAAGACAGUCCUACUUCAUCCAACUCCGCUCAUCGUCGGGAUCCCCUCGAGCAGCAGGAUACCGUUCGCAUGACGAUGACACCCAGUAUCGUUCGCGAUCCCGAAGGUACUUCUACUCCUGUUCCUCUCCAAAAACAGGAAGAAGAGCGGAAACGCCUCCGGGAAGAGGAAUCGGAAGACUCGCUCAGAAAAAGAGCCAAAGGGAAGGAACCUCAGAAGAUGGCUCCUCCAGUCAGUUCUGCGAGUUAUGCGAAGUCCGUUUCAGCAGGGGGUUCAGGCUCCAAACUUCGAAAAGAGCGCGACACAGAAGGAGACGACGGGAAGAAAAAGAAGAGCUCAGUAUUUGGAGGGAUAUUUGGUCGUAAGAAGGAUAAAGACAAGAAGGACAAAAACGGCUCUGUAUCCUCGUUUGAUGUGUCAGACAGUGGACGACCUAGUCAAACUUCUGAUGAGUCCUCUGGAAGAGUGUCUGGCACCGAUACCCUAGCUUCUUCUCCGACCACACAAACCGCUAUGCAGCAGCAACAACAACAGCAAGUAGCCGCUCUUAGAAACUCGAUGGAUCCCCGACGGCUUAAUAACCAACCCCCACAGACACCACCAGGGAAGUCAACUAUCCCUCCGGAGGUAUCACAACAAUUGCGACAGAGGGACCAACAGCAACAGUUACUGUAUCAGCAGUACCUGAACCGCUCUCCGUCUUCCCCUCCCGAGCUUCAACCUUCGUAUGGCUUACAGUCAGUCUCUGCCUUGAACUCGUAUUCGAGCUCUUCCAGCGGGCUUGGUCCACCCACCCAACGUACCCGACCAGGAUCUUUAAUCCUCAACCAAGGCAUUACCGACGGCCAUAUCCCUGAGCUUAGCGUCAUUCGUGUUUUUGCAGGAAAAAAUCUCCAGACGGAGGCGACCUUCAAAACUGUUCUUCUCGCGUCCUCGACUACCUCUUCUGAACUUGUCAAGCAGGCUUUACAGCGGUUCAGGCUCCCUGCUGCUGAGGAUUCCAAUGACUACUAUCUCACAGUCAAGCAGGUCGAAGGGUCCUCCGCUAUCCUUCACGACACGGAGAAACCCCUUGUGGUUUUCGAAAGUCUCGUCGAGGCGGCGAUGGAGGUACCCAAAGUCAAGAGAAGCAGUAUGGGUAGUAUCAGCUCGAUCUCAAGUAAUCUCUCGAUGCAUCCGGCGAUCAAAAAGUUGCCUAUGAAUGACUUUUCGGAUGAUUCAGUGGUCAAGUUUUAUCUGAACCGAAGGGGUGAUCCAGAUGGUGACAGCGAUGUUGGGCAUAACGGAGCUGAAGAAGACACAACUUUGAUUGCUGCCGAUACUUCUACCAUUUCAGAGCUGGAGGUUGGAGCUUCACCAAGGCAUCUCACUGUUUCUACUCAAGGCAACGUUUCUGUAGAAAGAUUCAGUUCUCCUUCCUUCCGAUUUGCGAUGCAGGUCAUCAUAUACCCCGAGGAUCUUCCUGACGACAUGGUGUUUGAUCCGCUCACAGAAGCGAUUGUGUUCAAGCAUACAUUGAGGGAUAGACAACAGUCGUCACAGUCACAGUCGUCUGGGAUCCUGAUGAACCUGCGUCGCAAGGUUUUCGUUUUCCCCAAAAAUGUCACAGUUGCCGAAGUCAUCGAGAUUGGGCUCGAACGGUUCGGAAUAUUGGAGGGUGUGGUUGAUGGUGGUGACGAGGUCGAAGAUAAACUUGCGAAGAGAAGAAGCUCAUCGAGGGUGAGGUAUGGGUUGAGUGUCGAUAUGGGAGGCCAAGAGAAAGAGUUGGCUCCAUCCAGCAAAGUCAUCGAUGCAUACAGCCGGCCACCGACUUACAAGGCUGUUGACCGUCGAUUUCAAGACUCUAAAAGGCGUUCCGUGGACUCUGCCCAGCUUCUGGGUACCCUUGAGGACGUUUCCUCUGAUGAUCCGGUCUUCGUUCUCCGACGGGCGACAUCGUAUCGUAAUUCCACCUCCCGCCACCGUAUGUCUGCUCCGCUGGACGAGUUAGCGCUGCGGAAUCUUCAUCGAGAAUCUCAGUCUUCGAAUGCGAGCUCAGAUCAGUUGAGCCCAAGGACUUCGGAGAUGCAACUACAGCAGCAGUCGCAGUUUCAACCUUCACGGAAGGAGAUCAUCGCCGCCCAACGUGAAGCGUCCCGGGCUAACCAACGUGCGAUGCUUUCUACCCAAACAAACUCUGUGCGGGGAGUGGAUAUCCUUUUACCUGGAAAUGUGCGUCUACGAAGUUCGAGGUACGAUACUGACGACCGAUUGCGGUAUUCGUACGUUCUCCCCGACGGUGCUGCUUAUGAUAUCAGCGAUAUUGUAGAAGAGGAAUGGAAAGAUGGAACUGGCCACAAGCGAGAUCUCCUGGAAGGUGUCGUAGGUCGAGGAGGAGUUAACGAAAAACUCGACCGCGUUCUGAACAAGAUCAAGGUUGGAAAGGGGCAAGGAAAUUUAUUGCUUCAGAAACGGGUCCAGUCUCCUUCUUUACGGUCAGAUUCAGUGUCUUCGCGAUAUUCGUACGACGAUUCGGUUACGGUUGACGCACAUGCUCAAGUGCGUUCCCAGUCUGCAACUCCGGUAUCUGCAGCUCGGCCUGGCACAACAACACCAACAAACAUACCAAGCAACAGGCGAAAUCCCUCGGUAGCGUCUGUCUUGUCGGAUGGCUCCGGAUAUAUCACUGCCAAUUCCCAUGGGAUCACUUCACCUAUCGAACGAGAACGAUCUACGCCUACCCCGACAUCUGCCCUGAUAUCUGCGCCUCCGCUGACUCCGCUAACUUCACCUUCAACCUCAGCACCAGUCCCUACUCUUCCCCACCAACAACGAAAAACUCCAACGCCUACAACAAAACGCCCUCCUCCCAUCCAUACCAAAGAAGAUUUCGGCGUAUCACAUAUGCUCUCGGUGAUUGAGUUUCGGGCGAUGAAACCCAAGACGCUGAACAAGCCAGGAGGGCGAAAUGACAGCGAUGUUGAUUCUGUGAACGAUAUGCUCUUUGGUCGACCGAUCGAUCUGGAUAGUCUCCAUCCUAAGAUAAGAGAACUUUAUGCUGAUUCGUUCAAACGAAUGGCUGAAAUGGACGAGAUGCUAGAUAAAUAUUUAUUACAGCGUACUGCUGCUGGAAAAAAUUAA